AUGAACCCAUAGCAGUAAUAAAAAAACAAAGUGUUUAAUAACUAGUAUUCCAUAGUCAAAAAGCUUUCUUCUGGUUCAUUUGGAGUAGUAUUUCUUGGAUAGGACAUUAUUUCGAAAUAAGAUGUUGCUAUAAAAGUAGAAAAAGAAGAGAACGAAGAGGUCAAAUCUUUGGAUAGAGAAGUUUAGAUUUUAAAGAUUCUAGAUGGAAUAGAGGGAUUUCCUAAAUAUUAUUGGUCAGGGGAAGAUCUUGGUUAUAACAUCUUAGUAAUUUAAUUGCUGGGCAAAGAUUUAGCAUUCCAUUUCAAAUAACUCAAGAGAUUUAAUCUCAAAUCAGUUUUAACUAUUGGAAUACAAGCUGUUAAUCUUUUGGAGAGAGCCCAUUAAAAAGGAGUAAUACAUAGAGAUUUAAAACCUGAAAAUAUGAUAUUAGGUAUAGGUAAUCAAAUUUCUAAGUUAUAUUUGAUUGAUUUUGGGAUUAGCAAAGUGUAUAGAGAUGCUAAUGGAAGACAUAUGUAACAGUUAAAAUAGAACUUAGCAUUUUCAAAGAUUAAAAGUCUUUUUUAGGAACUACUAGAUAUGCUUCAAUUGCAGCUCAUUUAGGUCAUGAAUUAGGUCGAAAAGAUGAUUUAGAAUCUCUCAUGUAUAUUUUACUUUACUUUCUACGUGGGUAAAUAACAAUUAUAAAUAAGGUAGUUACCAUGGUAGAACAUGGUUAAUGUAACAGAUGAUGAAAGAACACAAAAAGUUGGAGAAUUAAAGCUAUCAUUAGAAAAUGAACUCUUUAAAGAUUAAGUUCCAGAGUUUUAAAAGAUUUAUAAGUAAAUUUCUACUUAUUUAAAUAAAAUAGUUUAAUUAGACGAUUGUAAUUUAAAUAAGAACCUGAUUAUAAGAUUAUUAUACAAGAACUCAGAAAAGCAGCAGAAUCUUAGAAUAUUAUUGUAGAUGGUCAUUAUGAAUGGUCUGAAAUAAGAUAAUCCACACAUUAUCAAACUGAUACAAAUUAAAAUCUAAGUAAAAAAAAUAUUUAAUUCAACAAUUAAAAUGAGAUGAAGAAAUCUAUUGAAAAAUAAUUAUCUGGUGCUAUUUAACUUGGGUAUAAUAUUUAAUUUUAAAUUGGAGUUCUUAAAAUUUUUUAGCACCACCUCCUUUAUCAUCAAGGAAUAAUUCUUUUUAAAGAGAUGAUAUUAGAAAGAACUCUAGUUUGACAUAAUAAAGCAGUAUUGGAAAUUGUUGUUAAUCAAUAAAUCCUAAUUACUAGAAAUCUAUCUGUGAUGAUCGUUUUGGAAGUAAAUAAGAUAUUCUAUAACAUCAACAAAACAGUUUUGAUGAUGAAAGAAUUUCCAAUUUUGAAAGCAGAGAAAUCAUUGAAAAUGUAGAUGGUUAAGAACCCUUAUUUUAAAAGUUUGGAAAAAUUAAAAAAGGGAUAUCAAUGUAUUUUUGUUUCUUUAAUUUUAGUAACCUUAUAUUAAGUUUAAAAAAGAAAAAGAAAUGA